GUCCGUUCUUGCCGAGUGGUGGUCAGGGUCCGCAACAUAUCUCCGUGUCUCUUCAUCCCAACGCUCAUCACACCUGCCACGUCUGCAUCCCAGCCAUGUCCAUCUAUGAGCCUGAAGCCGUCCUUGACACGCUCAAGAAGUCGUCGCGCAUCUAUACCAGGUCUCGAACCGAGUUUCAAAGUGGAAGGACGCCAAUAAGAACGUCUACCCUCGCCCCGACAUACAGCUUGAAUGGGAGUCUCAUGUCGUCGAGUAUGUUUCCCUCCUUGGCCCACGGUUCAUUCCGCCUCGCUAUCUUCAGGUCCUCAAGCGCCCAGGGAAAGCUGAGAUUAAGGCAGAAGUUGCGUACCUGCAUCCUUUCACCACUGUCCAUCCAUUCUACUUCCCUGAGCUAGUGUCGCAGUGUCCAGCAUGUGGCUCCACUGACGUUCAGUCCGAGGGAUGGACGGGAUCAGGCCCUCGUGAAGUCCAUGGCCUAUAUCGAGAGGAGUCGGCACUUGGGUUGCAGCUGCGGUGCAACACCCUCGCUUCUGCUUUGCGACAACGGACCCCUC